CAGGGCUGGCAAGGCUCGGCUGGCCGUGGGUGGACCCGGUAGCCUCGCCACGCCUCCCGCCAUCCCGGACAAGCCCCGGCUCCGGCGGGAUCCGGCACGGCGAGCAUCACCCGACCCGCAGCGGGGACGGAGGGCACGGAGAGCCGCGGGCCAUGGCAGGAAAAGCCCACAGGCUGAGCACAGAGGAGAGGGAGCAGCUGCUGCCAAACCUGCGAGCUGUGGGGUGGAACGAGGUGGAAGGAAGAGAUGCCAUCUUCAAAGAGUUCCACUUCAAGGACUUCAACCGGGCCUUUGGCUUCAUGACCAGAGUGGCUCUACAGGCAGAAAAACUGGAUCACCAUCCCGAAUGGUUCAAUGUGUACAACAAGGUUCACAUCACCUUGAGCACCCACGACUGCGGAGGUUUAUCGGAGCGAGACAUCAACCUGGCCAGCUUCAUCGAGCAGGUGGCAGCUUCCCUCUCCUGACCAGGGAUCCACGCAGCCAAAAACCCUCUGUGCCACUGUGUCCUGCCUAGAUGGCUGCACCCAAAGCAUUUUCCCACUUCCAAGCUAGAUCCUGGAUCCAGACAGCCCGGCACCUCGCCAGCCUCCCCAGCGCAGCUCAGAUGGAUGGAGGCACUUCUCAGGGUGCAUGUAUCCAUCUCCAAUCUUGCAAAUUCCAUCCUUAAACCCUUCCUUAGCCAUGUGAUCCCACACCCACCUGCUGAGCCUCUCACCAGGAGUCAGUCAUGUCAUGAGUCAUGGGAUGGUUUGGGUUGGAAGGGAUCCUUAAAGAUCACCUCCUUCCACCCCCUGCCAUGGGCAGGGACACCUUCCACUAUCCCAGGUCGCUCCCAGCCCUGUCCAGCCUGGCCUUGGACACUUCCCAGGGAUCCAGGGGCAGCCACAGCUGCUCUGGGCACCCUGUGCCAGGGCCUCGCCACUCUCACAGGGAAGAAUUUCUUUCCAAUAUCCCAUCUAAACCUAUUCUGUGUGAAUCCAUCCCCCCUUGUCCUGUUACUACAUGCUCUUGUAAAAAGUC